UGUAAAUGAAAAAACAAAGCCACACUCAGAAUUGGUUUGAGUUUUUCAUCUUGAGUCAACAACAAGAGAACUGAUUGGCUACUGUGGACCAAUGAUGAGGAUUAACAGGAGUGAGGGUGUGUCCACGGAUUCUCCUGUUUGUCCUCUCACCUGCCUCUGUGUGUGGACGACCAGCUGGAAAAAUGACCAGUGCUUCUCUUAAUCUCAAAUUAUAAUCUAAUUUUCCCCAUCGGUUCUGUCUCAGCUGUCCUUUUGUAAAGUUAGCAGUUUAAGUUAGCAGUUUAAGUUAGCAGUUAGCAGGAAUCAUCUAGAACGGGUUUUAUAGUAAACCUCUCAGGUCGUGGACUGUGGUAGCGCUGAAAGGCUGAGAACGUCUGAUCAUUUGACUGACAGAGUGCACGACAAGAUGGCAAGCUCCUUCACACGUUUGAUCUCUGGACGGAACUCAGCUGUGCUGCUGGCCAGCCUAGGUGUGGGGACAAUCGCAUCUGGAUACUUGUUGAGUGAAAACAGCUCUCUAGUCGCCGACGCCAAGAACAAGCUUUAUCCUCCAAGUGCCGACUACCCAGACCUGAGGAAACACAACAACUGCAUGGCCUCAGCUCUGACCCCAGCUGUUUAUGGCAGACUGAGGGACAAGGUCACCCCCAACAACUGGACCCUGGACCAGUGCAUCCAAACUGGAGUGGACAACCCGGGUCACCCUUUUAUCAAGACUGUGGGCUGUGUGGCUGGUGACGAGGAGAGCUACGAGGUGUUCGCCGACCUGUUUGAUCCUGUGAUCAUCGACAGGCACAACGGCUACGACCCCAGAACCAUGAAACACCCCACUGAUCUGGACGCCUCCAAGAUAACCAACGGCGUUUUUGAUGACAACUACGUCCUUUCAUCCCGUGUCCGCACCGGCCGCAGCAUCCGUGGACUGAGCCUCCCACCGGCCUGCUCGAGGGCUGAGCGACGGGAAGUGGAGCACGUGGUUGUGAAGGCCCUGGGUGGGCUGAAGGACGACCUGGCUGGACGCUAUUACAGCCUCGGGGAGAUGACGGAGAAGGAGCAGCAGCAGCUGAUCGACGACCACUUCCUGUUUGACAAGCCUGUCUCUCCACUGCUGACCUGUGCCUUCAUGGCCAGAGACUGGCCAGACGCCAGGGGCAUCUGGCACAACAAUGAGAAGACCUUCCUGAUCUGGGUGAAUGAGGAGGACCACACCAGAGUCAUCUCCAUGGAGAAGGGAGGAAACAUGAAGAGGGUGUUUGAGAGGUUCUGCAGAGGCCUCAAGCAGGUUGAACAUCUAAUCCAGGAGAGAGGCUGGGAAUUCAUGUGGAACGAACGUCUGGGCUACAUACUGACAUGUCCCUCCAACCUGGGCACUGGCCUCAGGGCGGGGGUGCACGUACGCCUGCCAAAACUCAGCAAGGAUCCACGCUUCUCCAAAAUCCUGGACAACCUGCGUCUGCAGAAACGCGGCACAGGAGGUGUGGACACGGCUGCCACCGGAGAUACCUUUGACAUUUCCAACAAUGAUCGUCUGGGCAAAUCUGAGGUGGAGCUGGUCCAGCUGGUGGUUGACGGUGUCAACUACCUGGUUGAAUGUGAGAAGAGGCUGGAGAAGAACCAGGACAUCAAAGUUCCAGCUCCCAUCGCUCAGUUUAGGAAAUAAAAAGCUGGGCUGUGAAGUAGCUUAGAAAGAUAUUUGUCAUUUUCUUUCGCCUCCUACAGAGACUACAGAUCUUGUGUGUAGCCUUAGCCUUAGCGCUAAUCUGCUGUUAGCUAAAACCUCUACCUCAGGUUCAUACUGUCAUCCUGAAUUUCAAUAAAGCCAGUAUAUUACAACAACAUCUCUCUUAUAUAAACACUGCUCUUUGCAUUUUCUGUUCGUCCACCUCUGCCCACAGAGCUGGUCCGAUGUCGCAGCUGUUCCUCAAUGAAAUUGUUGAUUUCUAAAUAUCUUUUGUCUUUCAGAUACAACAUAACCAUGACAACUUGAGUAAGGGAAGGUUUCACCUGCGCACUAGAAACAUUUAUUUAUUUAUUUUAUUUUUUCCCCCAUGAUCCGUUAGGGUCAUCCAUUAAAAUCCAGUAAAUGACAGAAAUGAACAAACUGCAUGUAUAGGAAACACUGCACUAAUAGAAGACCGUAGUAGAGUACAUGCUUUCAGUGCAGUGUUUUCUAGACCACGUGAUAAACUUCAGUCUUGAGACAUUACCUGGUCCAUCCCAUUGAACACUUGAGACUUGACUUAGACUUCACUUGUCUCUCUGUCAGUGUUGUCCUUUUAUACCGUCCUGUUGAUACAGUUCCAUUGUCCACACUUGUUACCUGCUAGUUGACCAAGAUCCUCAGAUUGUUACAAAGUCCUAUCAUACUCUGACUGUUGUCAUGAUGUUUGUGUUGCAGGCAUCAAUGUCCGACUGUUCCUUGAGAUUGAUAGGAAAUACACUGUUAAUGUGUUGUUGGUACUAGUGUUAGCUUUUCCUCAAAGCUAAUAAAAAGGAACUGGAGGUUCCUCUGUCAUCCACUAGGAGUUGAAAAUUAUUUAAGUUUUGUUUCUGGCCAGAGUUCCACUUAAAAGCCAACAGUAGCAGGUGUUAAAAAAAAUUAAAAGUGAAAGUGAAUUAUUUGUCAUCGUGACACAUCACUGCACACAACAAAAUGUGACCUGGUUGUGUUUUGUUAAAGGUGAGAUACAAAUAAAAAAACAAGUCCAUAUUCUUUUCAGGACAUUUUAUUCUUCUGUUUAAACAGGUCCAAAUAGUUAGCCUCAUAAUAGUUAACCUCACAGAAACUCAUCUGCAAAAAUGAUCCAGUAGUCGUCACCAAAAACCAACCUGAUUUAUAGUGAAUCUAAUGUCAGUAACACUAUUGAUGGCUGAAGACGGUCAGUCUAACAGAGAGGGAACUAUCUUAUUUAUUAGACAUUUUAUUUUCAUCUCUGUGUAUCUUUAAAAAAUGUAAUGAAAUGAUUGUUGUUUUUUUAUCUAGGAACUUCUGCUGACAUGUUGAUAUUUUUAUACAUAAUAAUAAUAAUAAUAACCUGCAG